UCUAAACACAACCAGGGCUGUUGUCAACAUUAAAUCAGUCUAUAAAAAUAGUCUAAGAAGGAUAUUAAACUUUGCAUGGUGGAAAAACGAUAUAGUAGCCUAAGGUUUGCGGUAACACCAUUUUAUGGGUGGUUCUGAAAAGAACAGUUGGUUUUAACUUGACAUUGUGCUCAACAUUUCAACUAGCUUCCAAUCAGAAUGGCAUCCAAUAUAACAGCUCAGUCAAUGCUAGAAGAGAUAAGUCAGGGUCAUCUUGAAUGCCCAAUCUGCAGUGAACGCUUCAAGCAACCCAAACUACUUGAGUGUUCUCAUUCAUUCUGUCUUCAAUGCCUUCAAAAUCUCAAAGAGAAAACUCCAAGUACGGCAAUACUUUCUUGUCCAGUCUGUAGACAAGACAUCUUGCUAGAAGAAAAUGGCAUCGAAGGUCUGAAAACUGACUUUAAGACUGUUACUCUGUUAGAAGUUAUCAUAGCACAGGAGAAACGACUGAAAUGCCAGGAAGAGAAGCAAGUACCAAGUGAGGAGCAUGUUUCUAAAUGUAGCAAGCAUACUGACAAGGAUCUUAUCAUGUACUGUGACAGAUGCAACAUAUUAAUAUGCACAACUUGCAUCGCAAAAGAUCACAGAUUACACCCAGCCCUGGAGCCAACUGAAGCUUUAGACAAAAGCAAACAUCAUGCUGAAGAACUGCUGUCAAAAGUAAGACAGUGUAUUGAAACAUUCAAUAGUGCUAUUCAAGAAAUAGACAUGUCCCGCAAGACAUUGGACUCCAUGUUUGCUGCUACUAAAGAGAAAAUCUCUAAGAAAGCUGAUAAAGAGAUUGCCAUGGAGGUUGAAAGAUUCAUUGAGGAGAAGCAGAAAUUGAUGGAUGAGGCAGAACAGAUUUAUCAAGACAGAGUCAAGACAAUGGAAACUGCACGAGCGACAAACUGCAAAGAGAUGACCAAAGCAGAACACAAGCAGGAUGAGGUUAACCAUCUCAUGGAUCAAGGAAGCUGUGAGAUUGUACAGCUCAUAGAGAAACUUUUACAAGACCUGGAAGAUUACACAAAGAUGAAGCCAAGCAAAGUACCUGAUGGGUUGACUUAUAUGAACUUCAAAGAAGAUCAGAAAUCACUUGGGAGACUGGUGCUGCAAAAUAAGUGGACAUUGAAAAUAGAAAUGAAGACAUAUAUGAACAAAGCACAGCAAAUAAAUAGGAUUUUCCCAAAGGAUGUUUCUGCAAACUCCAACAGUGAUAUUUUUGUGUCAAAUUUUGACAACGCAUGCUGGAUUUUAAUACCAGCAGGGAGCAAGCCUAAAUCUACUGUCAUGCCUCAAACCCUAUCAGUUGAAGGUCUUAUUAAACCAAGAAAGAUGACAGUGAACAACAAGGAUGAGCUGAUUGUUCUAGAUAAUCAAACAGUCAAGAUCUUCAGCGGGAAAUAUCAGCUCCUACAUCAGUUCACACCAGGGCAGUCAGGCAGCAAACCAUCAUGUAUUGCAGUGGAUGAUAACAAUCUGAUUGUAGUGGGUUAUAAAAACAUGAAUGAGAUCUCUAUUCACAAACCAGAUGGAUCCCUCACUACCACAAUUCCUGCUCCAGGAAUAGGUGGAUACUUGACAACCUACAAACAACGACUCAUCUACACCAACUACAAGGACAAGAAGCUGGUAUCAGUGGGCUACAAUGGUGACUUUGUAUUCUCAGUAGAUAUCAAUCAGUCUGGUAGGCCUUGUGGAGUCUGUUGCGACACGGAUGGCUGUGUUUAUAUUGCUGUAUGGAAAGGACUAGAAUCAUCGACAGACAACAUCCAUCAUUACAGUCCUGAUGGCAAGUAUAUUGGAUGUAUCAUCAAGGAAUGUGUCGAUCCGUGUGGAAUAACAUUCACACCAGCAGGUGAUCUGGUUGUGGCUGCAUACAAAACAGUUCAAAUUUAUCACCAUGAAUAAAGACAAUGAAACAUAAAAAAAUAUAACAAGCCUGUAUGCUUCGUUUUUGAAAGGGCAAAGACGUGAUUUUCUUUACAGUUAAGGGCACCCUAUGAGGAAGUUGUAAAUUUGCUACUGGAGGCACAGCAUGUCAAGGGCACGAUGGCAUUGACCAGGGGGCAUAGAGGCAAUUGCCUUUGAUGCCUUCGUGAAGUAUCAGGCCUGGUAUGCUAAGCCCCCAAAACUCCACACUAUACUGUAGAGGUUGCAUACCCUAUGAAAUGAUAAUUACUGCUUGUUGGUUUAUGAAAGGUUCUCAAGCAGGGCCCAACUUCAUAAAGCUGUUUUAAAGGAUUUGGGUACUUUUUCAAAUUGUCCAUAGAUUUACAUU